GUUCUUGGCACAUCAGGAGCGUCACAUAUCCACUCACUGUCCAUGCAGCCGCCGGCCAGUUGCCUUGUUGGGUGUUGCUGACAGUCGCAAACUCGCACGCCGACAAUAAUGGACGAAGGGAGACGGCGCAACAAUUCUUCCUGGAACAGGGGUUCGAUCUCCACCACGAACCGCAUGCGGCACUAUGAGAACCAGAACACCCAUCCCGCGAUGCUCUUCUUCAACUGCAUCGCGCUGAGUCUGUCCGUAAGCAUGACGCUCAUGGCGUGUGCGACGGUGUUUCGCUGGGCCACGGUGCGCAAGAGCCCGAACCACGGCACGCUCUUCAUGGUGUUUUUCAGUCUUGGGAUGUGGGCUAUGGCGAAACUCGUCCUCCUGGUGCUGGUGGAGACGUUGUCGGGCAGAGAUAUGUGGAUCGGCCGGCCACCAGUCAUGUAUGCCACGUUGGUAUCCGAUCUAUUCUUCAACGCAACGUCCCUCUGGUUCAUCUUUGCCACGUACGAGUUCCAGCGGUGGGUGUGGCGGCGGCGGCAGCAUACCCGCUACGUCCUCGUGCGCUACCAACUAGUCGUCGUCGCGAUCUGCAUUGCGCAUGCAGUGUCGUUGAUCGUUGUGGACCGGCAGAACCCUCCUUCGUCGUCGUAUGGGUGGAGACGACUGAACAACACGACACCAUCGACACCUGGUGCCCCGCCGCCAUCUCGGGCGCCGCGGAGGUCGCGCCCAACGCUCGACCUGAUGGAGUACUUGUUCUGGACCAUAUAUAGCAUUCGGUGGCUGGCGGUCCUGUACAUCGUGGUUGUGGGUCUGGUCUUUUCCUGUCGAAAGGAAUAUGACGGCGCCCACUACAGCGGAGACCAACACAAACACAUGCACCGAUCCAGGUCGAGCCAACUGUUUGUGCUGCUGCUGCUCCUGCUGAAUCUGCCGUAUCUGGUGCUUGAGCCGCUGUUCGAUUUUGGCAUCCUGGACAAGGCCACGAUGCUCAUCGUGUUCAGCCUCUCCAAGUGCGCCAUGUACCUGUCUGGCGUUGGCAUGGUCAACCUACUGGGCCUGUACUUGACGGAUUUUGAUGCACUGUAUACGAUCAAGGACGUGCCUGCGACGCGAACGCCGUCGGCAUUUGUCGUGUUUGACAACAGCCAACACAACAAACCUACGCUCGUGCUCACAAGGUCCUAACGUCGCAUAUAUGCUGCUGUACUUGUACUGCCAUUACAUGUCAGAUCAGCAAUAGUCUCAGCGUUGUGAAAACGAAAUACAGAUAAUAACGUUAACUACAUAUAUGAAAAAACAUCUACUUCGAA